AUGAACUGGCAGGUGUCAAGCUCAGCCGUACGUCAAAUCAUGCGGAAGGUUACGUCACAUGCCGUCGUCCUGCUCACGAUGACCGGGCAAAGUCAAGUUGGUCUCCGCGUUCCUCCAACCCAAACCCAAUACGACCUUGCUCAGGGCAUAGACGCCCACCUGACACCCUCUUCAGUCGUCAGAGCAUCCCUGACUUGUGUUUAUCUUACUAACCGUCCUUCUGUGAACCAGCUUCUCUCGGCACCAAUUCACAGCAUCUCUGCAAAAACCAGGUCUUCGUCGCCGCCUCUCCUGCGUCUAUCAGACCAGUGCACUAGCGCCGACCUUAUUACAGCUGAAGAUGCGCUCUGCCUCGUCGUUAUACCUCAUCCCCAGCAGCAAAAAACCACUACAUCUGGCUCUACUGCCCAUUCGUCUAGCGCCACAACCUCAUACAUCCCCACCUCCUCCAUUUCGAUCACCACUUCGACUAUCAGCUCUCUGGGAGGUCCUGGUGUAGUUGCAACAUCUGUGACAACCACUUCGCCCAGUUCCAGCGGCGGCAACGGAAAGUCAAACAUGACCACGGCAAUCGUCACAGGCGUGGCAGACUUUUUAGCGCUGGUUCUGCAAAAUAGGGGCAAAAGAGAGGUCCCUGUCGGAACAUUCGUUGAAGAGGUUGGAGCGACAUUCGCGAGAGAAUGUUACUCUAUAUUCGGCUGGCUGCUAAUGUCAUCCUUGUCAUGCAUCUCCGUCAACCUCACUGAAUCUUUUCGCUUCCCCGGCUCCAUUCUUCCCAUUCGCAGUUUCCCAACGUACCAAGAACUCCACAAGUCUUUGGUAUCGCAAAAUGUUGCUGGCCUCGAUUGCGAUGUGUUCUCUACGCGGCCAUGCAUUCGACUUGGGUUCAUUCGACAGUCGAGAUCCCCCGAGCCGCUCAUGUACUCUCUCAACUACCUCAAUUGGCCCUGGGGAGCCAGGGUUCAUCAGAGGGGCGAUGGUGGUGAAGAGGAAGAGCAGGGGGGAAGGGGGAGGAAGUGGAUCAUGGUGUCGGGGUGGACGAUCAACUACGACGGGAUGACACCCGCUCUGAAGGACGAAAAAGUGGCACCAGCCCUUUCCGCCGGCGGGGAACCUCCGGCGACGUUUUACAAGCUUGCUCGACUCUUAGAGGCCACGACAUAA